CACACAGCACAGGGCUAACCAGCACAGUGAGCUGAGGAGAGACACUUCCAGCUCUUUGAGGAGCUAUAGCAUAUAGACACACAUCAGCUGAAAAAUGGCAGCCGUGGACAAAGACGUGGCUGAGAAGUUUCUGGACAGCAACCCUGACUUUGCCAAGCAGUACUACGAUACCAAGUUCCGCCCGAAGGUCAUCUCGGACCUUUUCAAAGACAACACGACUUCCCAGGUGAACACCAGCAGCUUCCACGAGCUGAGCACAGUGGAGGAGAGUGAGAUCAUAUUUGACAUGGUCAGAGACCUGCAGGACAACAUCCAGAUGGAGAAGGCUAUCUUCAACUUCAUGAAACAUCUCAGCUUCAUGAUACGGUCAGAGAAGAUGAGCCUGUUCAUGUACCGGAUGCGUAACGGCACGGCCGAGCUGGCCACGAGACUCUUCAACGUGCACAAGGAUGCCACCUUGGAGGAGUGCCUGGUCCAGCCAGACAGUGAGAUAGUCUUUCCCAUGGACAUCGGUAUUGUGGGCCAUGUGGCCACCACCAAGAAGACUGUCAACAUCCCAGAUGUCUCACAGAGCAGCCACUACAGUGACUUUGUGGACCAGAUCCAAGAAUACCAGACCAAGAGUGUCUUGGCUACCCCUAUCAUGAACGGCAAGGACAUGGUGGCUGUUAUGAUGGCUGUGAACAAGAUUGGAGCUCCACACUUCACUAAGCAGGAUGAGGAGACUCUGUUGAAGUAUCUCAACUUUGCCAACCUGAUCCUAAGAGUGUUCCAUUUGAGCUACCUUCACAACUGUGAGACCAGAAGAGGACAGGUCCUGCUCUGGUCUGCCAGCAAAGUGUUUGAGGAGAUGACAGAUAUUGAGAGACAGUUCCACAAGGCCCUCUAUACCAUCAGGGAGUUCCUUAACUGUGAACGUUACUCUGUUGGCCUCCUGGACAUGACCAAGACUAAGGAAUUCUAUGACCUUUGGCCUGUGCUAAUGGGAGAAGUGCCUCAAUACGAUGGACCCAAGACUCCUGAUGGCAGAGAAAUAAACUUCUACAAAGUGAUUGACUACAUUUUACAUGGAAAAGAGGAGAUCAAAGUUUUACCCAACCCUGCUCCGGACCACUGGGCUCUGGUCAGUGGCCUGCCCACCUACGUGGCUAAGGAGGGACUGAUCUGUAACAUUAUGAACGCGGCACAAGAUGACUUCUUCAGCUUCCAAAAAGGGCCCGUGGAUAGCUCCGGCUGGAUCAUUAAGAACGUCCUGUCCCUCCCCAUCGUGAAUAAGAAAGAGGAAAUAGUCGCAGUAGCCACCUUCUACAACAGGAAAGAUGGGAAACCCUUUGACGAGCAGGAUGAAACUCUGAUGGAGUCUCUCACCCAGUUCCUUGGCUGGUCUGUGCUCAACACAGACACCUAUGACAAGUGGAACAAGCUGGAGAACAGGAAGGACAUCUUCCAGGACAUGGUGCUGUACCACAUCAAGUGCAGGACGGAUGAGACCCAGAAUGUAUUGAAUACCAGGGAUAGAUAUGGAAAGGAACCACAUGAGUGUGAGGAGGUGGAACUGGAAGCAAUCCUGUCGGAAGUUCUACCACCCUCUUCCAAGUCGGAGCUCUUUGAGUUUCACUUCUGUGACUUUGAGCACAGUCAUCUAGACCUGGUCAAGUUAGGCAUUAAGAUGUACUAUGAGUUGGGAGUGGUGGACAAGUUCCACGUCCCCCGUGAGACCCUCACCAGGUUCUGUUACUCCCUCAGUAAGGGCUACAGGCAGAUCACCUACCAUAACUGGAGUCAUGGCUUCAAUGUGGGCCAGACCAUGUUCACUCUGCUCAUGACAGGUGACCUGAAGCGUUAUUACACAGAGCUAGAGACCAUGGCCAUGGUAACAGCUGGCUUAUGCCACGAUGUCGACCACAGAGGCACCAACAACCUCUACCAGAUGAAGUCUGGAAACCCUCUCGCAAAGCUCCACGGCUCCUCCAUCCUGGAGAGACACCAUCUGGAGACUGGGAAGACCCUGCUGAGAGACCCUGCCUUAAAUAUUUAUCAGAAUCUCAGUCGUGCUCAGCACGAGCAUGUCAUUCAUCUGAUGGACAUCGCCAUCAUCGCCACUGACCUCGCUCUCUACUUUAAGAAAAGAACCAUGUUCCAGAAGAUCGUGGACCAAUCGAAGACCUACGAGACCUGGGAUGAGUGGACCACGUACAUGACGCAGCAGACCACUCGCAAGGAGAUAGUCAUGGCUAUGAUGAUGACGGCCUGCGAUCUGUCUGCUAUUGCCAAACCAUGGGACAUCCAGAGCAAGGUGGCGCUGUCUGUGGCUGCAGAGUUCUGGGAGCAGGGUGACCUGGAGAGGACUGUACUGGAACAGCAGCCUAUUCCCAUGAUGGACAGGACUAAAUCAGCUGAUCUUCCCAAGAUGCAGUGUGGUUUCAUCGAUUUUGUCUGUGCUUUUGUGUACAAGGAGUUCUCCCGUUUCCAUGUGGAGAUCACUCCCAUGCUGGACCGGCUGCUGAACAACAGGAAGGAGUGGAAUGCUCUGAAGGAGAUACAUGAAGCUAAGCUGGCUGCUCUGGAGGAGGCCAAGACAGUCAAGGAGGAGGCAGCUGUUACAGCCACCGCAGCCAAGCAGGCGAGUGCAGCUGAAGCAGCGCCCCAGUCAAAGACCUGUGUUGUCAACUAGACUUGAGAGAUACCAGUCCUGGACCAAAGUGACUGUACUAAGACAGGAGUUUUACGUUCCUGUACCAGAUAUCAGUCUACUAGAGCUGGUUAGCAUUAGCCUAGCGUAGCCUUACAGUAUGCUGAACUUGAGCCGGUUAGCAUUAACUUAGUAUACCCUUACAGUAUACAUAACUAGAGUGGGUUAGCAUUAACUUAAUAUAGCCUUACAGUAUACUGAACAAGAGCCAGUUAGCAUGAGUUUAGCGUAGACUUACAGUAUACAUAACUAGUACCAAUUAGCAUUAGCUUAGCAUGACAGUAUACAUAACUAGAGCCGGAUAGCAUUAGCUUAGCAUAGCCUUACAGUAUACUGCACUGUGCUGUACAUUGACCUAUAUAUGGUACCAAGCCAGAGGAUCCACAGGAUGAAGCAGUUCAUGGACAAAUUCAAACACAGCCUAUUCCUGUGCAAUGAAUGUAAAUAUUUAGGUAUUUUACUGGAAUUUACCAUGUACUUACACACUCAUUAAUUUGGCAAUGUGAAAUUGACUUCCUUAGAAAUACGGAAUUCAGUUAGCAAAAAAAGGUUGGGUAUCAUUUCCAUAGGCUAAACAUACACUGUAUUCUGAAAGUAUUCAGACCCCUUAACUUUUGCCACAUGUUGAUAUGUUACAGCCUUAUUCUAAAAUGUAUAAAAUGACAUGUUUUCCUCAUUAAUCUACACACAAUAAUCUAUAAUGCAAAAACAGGCUUUUAGAAAUAAAAAACAGAAAUACUUUAUUUACAUCAGUAUUCAGACCCUUUGCUAUGAGACUUGAAAUUGAGCUCAGGUGCAUCCUGUUUCUAUUGAUCAUCCUUGACAUGUUUCUACAAAUUGAUUGGAGUCCACCUGUGGCAAAUUCAAUUGAUUGGACAUGAUUUGGAAAGUCACACACCUGUCUAUAAAAGGUCCAGUGCAUGUCAACUGUGGGACCAAAACCAAACCAUAAGGUCGAAGGAAUUGUCCAUAUAGCUCCAAGACAGGAUUGUGUCGAAGCACAGAUCUGUGGAAGGUUACCAAAAAAUGUCUACAGCAUUGAAGGCCCCCAAGAACACAGUGGCCUCCGAAAUUCUUAAAUGGAAGAAGUUUGGAACCAUCAAGACUCUUCCUAGAGGUGGCUGCCCGGCCAAACUGAGCAAUUGGGGGAGAAGGGCCUUGGUCAGGGAGGUGACCUUCCAGAAGGACAACCAUCUCUGCAGCACUCCACAAAUCAGGACUUUAUGGUAGAGUGGCCAGACUGGAAGCCACUCCUCAGUAAAAGGCACAAGACAACACGCUUGGAGUUUGCCAAAAGGCACAUUAAGACUGUCAGACCACUCUAUUUGGCACAAGUCUCUGAAUGUCCUUGAGUGGCCCAGCCAGAGCCCGGACUUGAACCCGAUCAAACAUCUCUGGAGAGACCUGAAAAUAGCGACACUUCCCAUCCAACCUGACAGAGCUUGAGAGGAUCUGUAGAGAAGAAUGGGAGAAACUCCCAAAAUACAGGUGUGCCAAGCUUGUAGCGUCAUACCAAAGAAGACACGAGGCUGUAAUCACUGCCAAAGGUGCUUCAAUAAAGUACUGAGUAAAGGGUCUGAAAACUUAUGUAAAUGUUAUAUUUCAGUUUUUACAUUUAAUACAUUUGCAAAGAUGUUUAAAAAAAAGUAUUGGCUUUGUCAUUAUGGGUUAUUGUAUGUAGAUUGAUGAGGGAAAAAACAAACAUUUUAUCCAUUUAAGAAUAAGGCUGUAACAUGAUAAAAUGUGGGAAAAGUCAAGGGGUCUGAAUACUUUUUGAAUGCACUGUAUAUGUACAGUAGUAGACUAUCCUUGAAUUCAGCAGUGUAUCCCUAUAUUUAAAUUGAUAUAGAUCCUAUGCUACCCUAUCCUAUUGUUAUUAAUUAUGUAAAUAAACCGGUACUCUGCAUUGCUCCCUCACUGCAGAAUUAAGUCCACAGCAUCAGCAUCACCCUCAUGAGUAGUGAGUGUUACAGUGUGUGUACAAGGUGUGUGUGUUAACUAUCCCACUGGGAUCAUACAUAACAGUCUUACAAAACACAGAAAGAUGCCCGACCUAAUUGAGCACGGAGAAUGAGAACUGAUUGGCAGAUGGAAUCAGAGGGGGCGGGCUUUCCUUUACUGUUGCGAAGAGCCAUGCGUCACCACUACACAACACAGUAGGUGACAUAGGUAAUCACUGUGCUGAGCACUGUGCUGAGCACCGCACUGACCGGGCUGCCUCUCUGUUUAACCAAUAGGGGAGUUCUGCAGUCAGGGUUGACCCUAUAGGGCUGUGGUGCUCAGUGAGGCUCCUACUGUCUCGUAGCCGCAUAGAGGCUGAGGCUGCAGGGGGAUGAGAGACAGCCAGUUAGAGAGCGUCACACUGACAUGAAUCACAGGCAGGCUGAGUGGCUCCUUAAGAGACACCAUUAAUGGGGAAGUCCUAAUCAGUCAGUGCGUCCGUCCGUCCGCUAGGCUAGCUAGAUACGUCCCCUUAGCAAGGAUAACUGAGGACACAGACACUGUACACUAAGCAACCACCCCCCCCCCUCUCCCAAACCACUGCAUCAAAACAACAAAUUAUAGAAUCAUACCAAAUAUGCUUGUGUCAGAUGUGAUGUUUCUCUUUGUAAAAAUCAGUGGGAAAAGGUUGAUAUUGCUUUGCUGUGUAAGCCUUUCAAUAGAGAAAUACCAUUUUCUUGCUUUCAUGUGUUGUCAUUACUGACUACUGUAGGUCAGAAUGUGCAGCCUAGUAUGGAGCCCUGCUACAAAGUCAGGCACUGCAUGUAUACGUUCUGAAUAUGCGCCACAGAAAGAAAGAUGAAGAUAUUAAACUAGUUGAAUUACUGA